ACACAGCCCGCUCAGCCACUCCAGGAGGGUGGGAGGGAGUGAGAGAGCCAGAAGGAGAAAGAGAGUGAGAGAGAGGAGCGGGACUGGGGCCGCUGCCAGGGCUAGGACCGGAGUGGGGUCAGCACCAUCCCAAGGCCAGAGAGCUGAGCCCUAUGAAGAGUUCGCAUCAGGUUCGUGCCUCCCGAAGCGCAGAGCCCGGGGCAACCGGCCUGCGGGGGGUAACCCCCGCCUGGUCCAGGACCGAACCGUCAAGGGAUUCGAGAACCCAGGAGUCCGGGAUUCGUGAGAAACACACCAUUCGAGGAACCCGUGACCCAGGUAUCUGAGAUCCGUGAGUGUCGAGUAGUCAGGGCGAAUUGAGGACGCAGGGUCCCCAGGUCCCUGGGCACCGAGCCGUCGGGGGCUGCCCCGGUACCAAGCCCCUUGGCAGCUGCUUUAAGAGACACUUUCGGGGUCGGAACCACUGCCGCAGGAACCUGCAGGGGCAAGAGGCCAGACGAAACCGUCGGGUGGGGUAGUUCCGGCCAAGGCUCUGAUACUGCCCCAGACCCUGUUGCUGUUGCUCUAGGAGAAUCCAGGGUAGCUGCCGCCGCAACCAUUGCGCCCAAGAGUGAGGAGGACCUCUUGGCCCUGGCCGCAUCCCGCCUAAGCCGCCGCAAGCGGGUGGUGGGCGCGGCCGUCGGGGUGGCCAUGGUGCUGCUGCUACUUGUGGCCAUCCCGCUGCUCGUGCACAGCUCCCGCGGGCCCGCGCACUACGAGAUGCUGGGCCGCUGCCGCAUGGUUUGCGACCCGCAUGGGCCCCCGGGCCCAGAUCCCGACGGGUCACCCGCUUCUGCGCCUCCAUUUCCCCCAGGAGCCAAAGGCGAGACUGGCCGGAGGGGCAAAGCUGGGCUGCGAGGACCCCCUGGUCCACAGGGCCCGAGAGGUCCCCCAGGAGAGCCCGGCAGACAAGGGCCCCCUGGACCCCCAGGCCCAGGCCCCGGAGGAGCAGUGCCCGCUGCCUACUCUCCCCGGAUAGCCUUCUACGCUGGGCUGCGUCGGCCUCAUGAGGGCUACGAGGUGCUGCGCUUCGACGACGUGGUGACCAACGUAGGCAACGCAUACGAGGCGGCCAGUGGCAAGUUCACCUGUCCCAUGCCGGGUGUAUACUUCUUUGCCUACCACGUGCUGAUGCGCGGCGGCGACGGCACCAGCAUGUGGGCAGAUCUGAUGAAGAACGGGCAGGUCCGGGCCAGUGCCAUCGCCCAGGAUGCAGACCAGAACUACGACUACGCCAGCAACAGCGUCAUCCUGCACCUGGACGUGGGGGACGAGGUGUUCAUCAAGCUGGAUGGAGGCAAGGUGCAUGGGGGGAACACCAACAAGUACAGCACCUUCUCUGGCUUCAUCAUCUACCCGGACUGAGCCCUCUCCCGACCCGCCCUCACUGAACCAUCAGGGCUGAGCCCUAUCCUCAGCCGUUCCAUGCCCACAUCUUAUUCCUUUUGCUUAAUUAGACUGCCAGGUCACAGUCCCUGCUUCUCCUUCCAACUCCAGACAUAAAACAACAGACUGAAAGCUUCUAGGGGAUCAGCUAAGCCUCGGGGUGGCAGAGCGGCAUAAUUUGGGGAGUGAUCCUUGUGGAAUAGAGGACUGAAUGAAGCAUUGCAGCACACAGGUAGGUUCUAGAACCAGUGGUGUUAAGUGAGGCACAAAUAGAGGUCCUGGAGAUGGUUUGGCCCUAGGUUGGGAGGGAGGGCAAGGAUUCAGAGCUUGAUUUUCUCCAUAGAAAGGUAGGACAGGCAGAAAGGUAGGCAAAAGAUUAGGCAAGUAGAUAGUGAUUUACAACAAGUAAACACCAGCUACUGGACACCAGCAUCUGCGGGCAGGGAAGGGAAUCCAGAGCAGAAAAUAUGGACUCCAUGAAGUAUUCCAAAGAUAGGACUAGGCCUUGGGCUGGGGUGCUGCUCUUCUCUCCCCUCUCUACCCACUCCCCCAUCUCCAGGAGGUCGAGGCUGGAGAUUGCUGCUCUUCAGUCCUUAUGCAACUGAAUCCAGCUUUGGUCAGUAAACUGAAGAAGCAUUUUCUGGCAUUUUAGACCCAAAUUGUGCAGCCCCAUCCCUACCAUAUCCCACAAUUAGACUGAGCCCUAAGGUUACGGUUACUGUUCUCUCUUCUAAUAAAAUAAGGUUUGGGACAUGC